AUGUCUAUCCGAAUAGCGCUCAACAACCAACCGGAGUUCUACACCAACCUCGAUUUCAUCUCAGGUCGAGUCAUUCUCGGCAUUAAUCGCAAUGAGCAGAUCGGCAGCAUUGUCGUCAAGCUCGAGGGAGAGUCUGGAACCGCCUUGCAAGCUCCCAACGCUUUUGAUCCACAAUCCAUGAACAGACUUCAAACUGGCCCCCAACGGCCUCCUGGCAGCAUGGCAAUAGAGAACCACAAGAUCCUAUACAAGCUACAACAGGUCUUCCCGGACGACUAUUACGCCAGCUCCUCGAAUCCAUACGGCGCAUAUCCACUUCAGGCUGGCGAGCAUGAGUUUCCGUUCAACUUUAAACUCCCCAUCAACAAUGCCUGCAGCGACCCAAUGGCCAUGUCCAAAAUCGGUGGUAUGUCUAACGUGGGAGGAUUUGGAGGCGGAGGGAUAUUUGGCAUUGGUGGUGUAAGGGUCAUGGACGGCAGCAAGCAACUAUAUCUUCGCCAUGUAACCCGCACGUUACCUCCCUCAUUGACAGGUUAUCCUGGAGAGGCAGAGAUCCGCUACUACAUCAAAGUGACCAUACAACGACCGGGACUACUCAAGGAAAAUUGGCGGUAUAACAUGGGUUUGAAAUUCUUACCUAUUGAGCCCCCUCGGCCACAGCCAACAUCUCAAGAAGCCUUUGCUCGUCGCCCAUUUACAUUUCGACCGCAAUCUCCCCAGCCAGAGAAGAAACGCUCUUCUCUUUUCAACUUUGGAAGCAGUUCUGAGUCCAAGACUGCAUCUAAUUCAGAACGCUCUGCAGAUAUCGCUCCUGCUCCUGCUAUCGAGAUAUCAGCUCGCCUACCCCACCCCAGUAUCUUGACUUGCAAUAAGCCGAUUCCCCUACGACUUAUCGCAAAGAAACUCAACAACAACCCCGAGCAAGUCUACUUGGUCUCAUUCCAAAUGGAGCUUAUUGGGCGCACUGAUGUUCGAGCACUUGAGCUCCACAACCAAAAGAUCAACCGAUGGGUUGUUGUUUCGAACCCCACUAUCAACGUCCCGUUGACCACAGGUCCCGACGACGAGGUUGGCAAGGAAUUGGUAAUUCCAGAUCAUGUAUGGAAGAACAUACCCCUGCCCAAUACUGUGGCGCCAUCGUUCGCUACAUGUAAUCUUUCGAGGAAGUAUGAGCUUGAAAUCAAGCUGGGAGUGGCAUGGGGUCAGCCCAAGAAGGGGCUUACUUCUAAAACCCCACCAGUCAUUCUUCUACCUUUGCACUUUGCGCAAAUAGAGGUCUACUCUGGUAUUACACCUCCGGCUGAACUUGUUGAAGCUGCAAGGUCGACUCGACCUGGACGUGCAACCUUUACGAAUAACACCCCUCCACGGUUGCCACCCAGGCAGAAUUCAGUCAAUGUGUCACCGCAGCAACAGCAACCGCAACGACGGCCUUCUCAGACUGUCAGCCAAGCUCCUCCUCAGCCCGCUCAUGAUCCUCUGUACCCCCCACAAUUGGCCCCAGGACAAGAAGCACCUCCGUACGAUGAUGCUCCUCCCAGCUAUGAUGAGGCCGUUGCCGAGAACUUGGCUGGUCCGUUCGAUGGCAUGCAAUCCCGACCGGCUUACAGUGGUGUAACCAACGAGAAUGCGCCUAGCCAGUUACCUCCUGAGAAGAGCUGA